UGGAGCAGAACUGGGCAACGCUACAGGGGGGUGAGAUGACUAUCCAGACGACGCAGGCAUCAGAGGCCACGCAGGCGGUGGCAUCAUUAGCAGAAGCAGCGGUGGCAGCAUCUCAGGAGAUGCAACAAGGAGCCACUGUUACCAUGGCACUCAACAGUGAAGCAGCUGCUCAUGCAGUAGCCACGCUUGCUGAAGCCACUCUUCAAGGUGGAGGACAAAUUGUGCUAUCUGGCGAAACUGCAGCAGCAGUAGGAGCACUUACUGGAGUCCAAGAUGCCAAUGGCUUCCUAGCAGCAGACUAUUCAGGUUACAAGUGGAGCCUAGCAGAGAGUUCAUCAGGUCUUGUCCAGAUCCCCGUCAGCAUGUACCAGACCGUGGUGACCAGCCUGGCCCAAGGCAACGGCCCCGUUCAGGUGGCAAUGGCACCCGUUACCACGAGGAUAGCCGACAAUACCGUCACCAUGGACGGGCAGGCAGUGGAAGUGGUGACCUUGGAACAGUGACGAUGCCCAGAGCAGGAUCGUGGUGAUUUUCCUCGUCUCUUACGCGAAUAAUUUUUUUACGCCUCUCCAGAGAUGCAAUCAGGUGGCAUUGAGUCUCCCAGCUUUGGAAGCAAAGGUUUUGUUAACCUUUUUUUUUUU